UUCCAUCAUAUCGGUUUAUUUACUUCCUGUGUGUGUAGAAGUGACUACAGUUGACUUUACUCUCCUCAAGAUUAUUUGCUGUCGUUUUGAACCUGAAGUAUCUGAAAGUUUUUUUGGGAGAAACUUCACUGAACACUGAGCAGUGUGUAUCGAGCAACAGGGUUUCCGCUGCAACAUGGCAGAGAAGAAGUACUUCACUGUACCAUCAGGCCAAGACCUCCAAGUCCUCAGGGGCAGCCGGCUUUCCUCCAGGAGUUCGGACUACAUUGUUGAAGACUUGGUUGGAAACGGAGCCUUUGCCAAAGUUGCAAAGUGUGUCAAGUCGGCCACUAAAGAGAUGGUGGCUCUGAGGGUAGUGAAGAUACACACAAAGUCUGACCUACAAAGAGAGCAUGAAAUCCUGCUCAAACUGAGGUACUUCAAUCCUGAUGAGUGUAACUUUGUGAAGUGGCACUGCUCGUUCAUGUACAAACGACAUCUGUGCCAAGAAUUUGAACUGCUGGACAUGAGUCUCAGGGAGUUUGUUACGAUGAGACCGACCCGCUCCCUUCACCUGAAAGAGAUCGAGACCAUCUUAUACCAGCUGGCAACAACUUUGGAAGUACUGAAGAGAUUACAGGUUGCUCAUAGCGAUCUCAAACUUGAAAAUAUAAUGCUGGUGGACCAUGUAAGGCAGCCUUUAAGGGUCAAAGUUAUCGACUUUGGCUCUGCCUGCAAUGCCUCAAACACAGCACAUGGUGCAUAUAUUCAGACCAGGUGGUACAGGGCUCCUGAGACCAUUCUAGGGUUGCCCUGUAGCGAAGCCAUAGACAUGUGGUCCCUCGGAUGCAUAGCCGCUGAGCUUUUCCUAGGACAUCCACUCUACCCUGGAUCCUGUGAAUAUCAGAUGCUCCAGUUCAUGAUUCAAACUCAAGGUCAGCUGCCAGGGUACUUUCUCAGUGCCGGUCUCAAAACAAGUCUGUUUUACUGGAGGACUUGGAUAAAUAUGUGGACCUUCAAGAAACCACACGAGUAUGGAACUGUUCCAUUUCCAUAUAACAACUGCAUGAUUGGCUCCCUGGACGGUCUGAAAGAAAUCCACCAGAGGCCGGACCGUCAUCUGUCAAAAACUGAGGCCGUGGUUGAUGAGGCUGAUCUGGAAAACUUUGUGGAACUGGUCAAGCAGAUGCUGCACUUGGAUUCCACUAAGAGAAUAACUCCUAGCCAGGUGCGGGAGCAUCCUUUCAUGACACAGAGAAAGUUAAUCGCUAAGGAAGAUGAAUCCAACACAGUCCACACCCAGCCGCAGGAAACAAGAAACGCCACAUUCGCCCUGACCACAUAGCCCCCCUCUAAAGAGACAAAAGAUCUGUCAUAAAAGGCUUUCUGUGGAAAUUUCAGAGGGCAGCUAAAUAAAACACAAGAUACCCUCUCCAGAAAGAACGAAGAUGAGGAUCUCCGAAGAUGCGGAGGAAAGAGCAAUAGAGCUUCCAAGCACCUCUAAAGAGGUCGUUUCUAGUGUGACCCAGGUCAGGCCGCAAAAGAGAAAGAUGGCUUCAAGGUCGCAGAGUGACAACAGAACCACAGACGGCACACCAAGAGAGAAGAAGAGAAAGGACAGCGGGGAGGCAAAAACCCAUCGCCAAGAUCUGGAUCAUUGGAUCUAGUUACAUCCAGCAAGGGGAGGAAAAGGCCAAUGCAAAGUUUGGAGAGAAUUUUGGAUUCCAUGCUGAGGUGAAGUGGUUCAGCAAAGGAGGCAUUCACUGGACUGGUGUCCUUCCCUGGUUUUAUGAAGAGAUGUCUACUCAAAGCCCCCCCAGACAUCCUGGUCAUCCAUGCCGGUGGCAAUGAUCUGGGACAGAUUCCCGCCAAGGAAGUUGCAUACAUAAUGAUGGACCUGAUGAAGCUCCACGCAGAGUUUCCUUCAAUGACGAUCGCGUAUUCCUGCAUCGACGAGCGGCAAGUGUGGGGACAUGGGAGUCAAUGGAAGAUCGAUAGGCACAGAAAAUACGUCAACAACUGCUUGAGGAGGGCUGUGACCGAAAUGGGCGGUGAAGUCAUCGAACGUUCCCUCUUAAGACGCCAUGACGCUGAUGGAGAGCACUUCACAGAAGAAGGGAAUGAAAUAUUUGUGACCAGCAUCUGUUGUUCCCUCAAGAAGAUCCUUCAGAAGUGCAGAAUGUAAAU